UUGUUUGUGCUCUUUUCUCUUAUCAAUCUUGUGGUUUUUCUUUUCUCAGUAUCUAAUUCGUUUUAUUCCUUUCUAAUUAUUAAGAAUUUAUCAUCUGCAGUCUAGUUCAACUCCUGGAUGAUGGAUGUCAUUAUUCAGAAGUUAAGCGCUCCGGAUUUUUCCCCUGAAAAUUAUGUUCAAGAACUCACACAAAGAUGUGUUGGAAGUCAAGAAUUGGAACAGCAGAGACUCAGAAUACAAGCCUUAGCUGAAGAAACAAACACACUGCUCAAGAAAAAUGUGUACCGUCACUACAUGCAGUUCAUUGAAACUGCCAAAGAGAUCUCUCAUCUUGAGGGAGAAAUGUACCAACUUUGUCAUCAAUUAACAGAACAAAGAGCACUUCUGGCGGCAAUGACUACUGCCAGUGUUCGAGGUGAAAAAGGUCUACAAAGUAAUGGUAUAGGGGAUGAGUGUGAUGGAAACAAAGAGGAAGAGAAGGAACAGAAAAGGCGACAACAGCUCAUCGACAUCGGAGAGGCUGUUGAAGGAUGCGUAAGUUUAGUAGAUAUUCCUGGAAGACAGCUCAUGUAUGACGGCGACUUGCUGGAAUUAGAUCCAAUAGACAAUACUCCACUCCAACGAGUGCAUGCGUAUUUGCUCACCGACACCUUCAUCAUAGCAUCAUGGAUUCUCAAUAGGCGAAGUCCGACAAGGUAUAAAUAUGAAGCUGGUUACGAACUAGGAAGUUUGGCCGUCGUGAAUGUCCGUGAUUUGAAAAAUGCCUUCAAACUUUUGGUCUUUCCUGAUACAAGGGUAUUCCAGUGCAGCAAUAGUCAAACAAAAAAAGAAUGGUUGGAGCAGUUUGAAGAGGCCAAAAAAUUACUCGUCUCCAAGGAAAAAGUGAAAAGGGAAAUUUCAGUCGAGCCAAAAUCACCUGCUCGAUCGGACGUUUUAGAAACUUCUAUGAAUCCUUUUGAAGAACCAGAGGAGAUUGAAACCCCUGACGAAACUCCGGAAUGGCUACUGGAGGUUGCGGAGGAUCUAGAUGUAUUCAUAGCACAGCGGCAUUUUGAGCAAGCUUACAAGCUAAUCGAAAAAAGCACUGAGUAUUUAGAAAAAAAUAAGCUUAGCAAUGAUCUUGUUGCUGAAGAUCUAAAGCGCAAGCUGGAUUUGCGUGUGAAAACUCUAACCAAUGUCCUAACGAAAGAGUUGGAGGUUUCGCCAGACAAGAGUCAGCAAGGUGGACUGCGGGCUGCGCGGCGAGCAGUGCGACUCCUGAACAAGUUGGGCAAGUCAACUCAAGCAUGUGACUUGAUGUUAAAGCUCUGUUCCAGUCUUCUGAAAACUCAAUUGAAGCGAGUGAAAUUGGAAGGAGCAGCUGUUAAGUAUGUUACACGGCUUGCCACAGUGUUUUUCUCAAACCUUGCGGAGAUGGUGCAAGAAUUCCAGUUCAAAGCGUUUCCAAACAGUCCCCAGUGUGCAUCAGUUUUGAUAAUGUGGCUGAAUGAUGAAGUGAACAUUCUGAUGUCACACUUGAUUAAGCAAGUGCUUGUGAAGCAGACUUCCCUGUCAACAUUAUCACAAUGCGUCAUUGCCUUGCACACGCAGUGCAGUCAAUUGGAUGGUCUAGGGGUGGACGUCAAAUAUCUAGUUGAUGGUCAACUAAGGCCAGGUCUAACAAGAGCAUUGACUGAUACUCGAGAUAAACUGAUAGAUGCUGUGAAACUGCGUUCGGGUGAGGAUAAAUGGCACCCAACAAAUCUCAACACUAAGCAACAGAGAGACAAACUGCUCAGCGAAUUCAGCAAUUUGCCAGCACUCCAGUUCGAGUCUUAUAUUACCGGAGACUUUUGGAUCGGGCUCUCUGCCAACACUAUCGCAUUUGCCCGUCUCUACCUUUCAUUGAUUGAGGACUGUCUGUUGCUGAUAACGCCUGACUUGACGCACACAAUCGAUCAGCUUCUCUACGAUGUUUUCUCAGCUCAGUUGAAGCAUGUUGGCAACUCGCUUAAUAGUGAACGUUUUAGAAAUGAGAGGCAAUUCAUCACAAUCAAUGGCAAAUUCCUGGUUGAUAAAUUACUGAAGCACUGCAAUGAGCUGUAUGAGAAAAAAGUGGGUGUUCGAUGCAAAAAGCUAGACCAACUUAAGAUUGAUUACUCCAGGUAUCAAGUCACUAUCACAAGUUACAUUUAGUCAACUAAAUAUAAGUGCCUUAGAAUCUCACCUCUAGAAGGUUUGUCUGUGAUAAUUGUAUAUUUUUAUGGCUACUCUUUGCCUGUUUAGUACCUAGUGCCUUUUGAUCUUAAAAGGCAGUAUUAUCUGCAGUGUGUUUUCUGAUGCAGGAGCAAGUCAAAUUUGAGCAAUGAGACAUUAUUAACUCUCUA